GCCUUUGAUUGGCCUUGGUCCUCACAGCUCCAAAAAGAAACAGGAUCUUGAUAAGCUCUAUGAGCUGAAGUCCAAAGCUCCGCAGAUUAUGAACCAGUUUGGCACCUCAGCCCUAAUCAACCUCUCCAAUUUCUCCUCCAUAAAACCGGAACCAGCCAGCACCCCUCCACAAGGCUCCAUGGCCAAUAGCACAACGGUGGUAAAGAUACCAGGCACGCCUGGGACUGGGGGGCGUCUUAGCCCUGAAAACAACCAGGUAUUGACCAAGAAGAAAUUACAGGACUUAGUAAGAGAAGUGGAUCCUAAUGAGCAAUUGGAUGAAGAUGUGGAGGAGAUGCUGCUGCAGAUCGCUGAUGAUUUUAUUGAGAGUGUGGUGACAGCAGCCUGUCAGCUCGCACGGCAUCGCAAGUCAAGUACCCUGGAGGUGAAGGAUGUCCAGCUGCAUCUAGAACGCCAAUGGAACAUGUAGAUCCCAGGAUUUGGCUCUGAAGAAAUCCGACCCUACAAAAAAGCUUGCACCACAGAAGCUCAUAAACAGAGAAUGGCAUUGAUCCGGAAAACAACCAAGAAAUAACACACGGAAAAGUCAGGAAAUGGACAACAAUGUAUUUGGAGAUACUUGAGCUGAGACCUCAGCCAUCUCAUCCUUGGA